AUGGCUCCCUCCAGCAACAUCUUUCUAUCCCGCAUGACCAUCAUUUUGCGGAACUCGUUCACCUCCCUCUCCGUAUCACGCGUGAGUACCAUUCUCCGCAACACCCUCAAAUGCCUCUUCAGCUUCGUCCUCUUGCGCGACCUCAUACUCUCCCUCCUCUUCCUCUACUGCGGCCUCUCCCCGACCACUAUCUGCCUCGACGAACGCACCUCCAUUGGUCUUUGGGCCCCCAUCUGCCCCUGCUGCCGCAAGCCGAGCCUCAUCCGUCCUCUCUCCAAGGCCUUCAAUGUCUAUGUCUUGGAUCUGAUCUUCUUUGGCGAUUCCUCUUUCGAUGGCGACGAACAGUCUAUUGAGUUACAGUCGCGAUGUAUGGCGGAAGCUCUAAAGAAGGUUGGAUUGGAAAUGUAUUCGGUUUGCGGGAUUAGUUAUGGUGGUUUUGUGGCAUACGGUAUGGCGAUGGUUCACGUGGAGGAGGCGAUUGAGAAGGUUGUGAUUUUAACGGUUGGGAUCUGCGCAACGGAGGAAGAGAGAGAGGAAAUGAAGAAGAGGAGGAAGGGUGAGAGGGAUAUCGUUGAGAUUCUGAUGCUAGAGAGGGCCGAGGAUUUAAGGGCUCUGAUGAGGCGAUCGAUGUAUAAGUCGCCGUGGGUCCCAGAUUUCGUGCUGCAGGAUGUUAUCCGGGUGAUGUACAAGAAGCAUGGGAAGGAGAGAAUGGAUAUGCUGAAGGAAUUGCUAUCCAGGAAAAUAGAAGGAGAUGGGCUUCCCGUUCUAAAUCAGGAAACUCUCAUUAUUUGGGGUGAUAAGGACGAUGUAUUCCCAUUAUCCAUGGCCCAUCGAUUAAAAAGGCAUUUGGGAGAAAAAUCAAGGCUCGAGAUAAUCAAGGACGUUGAUCAUGCGGCUCAGUUGGAGAACCCUCGGGUGGUCAAUGAUCUGAUCAAACGGUUCAUAUUGAAUUCACAUUAACCAUGCAUGGUGAUGAAGAUCUAGUAAGAAGAAUCCCUCCCAUGCAAGAUCCAACUGAUGUUCGACUGUAUUGUAUCUUCCAUAUACCACCAAUAAACAUCUAUCAACAUAAAAGAGAAAUGAUCAAUCUGACCGUUUAUCAGUCCCGCACACACUUCAUGGGCCCGUGUGUGAAAAUCACACCAAUCGGAUGAUUCUAGUUUCAAUC